AAACUUAAAAAAAAAAAAAAAGAACAACAACAACAACUUUGGCUACGUUGUGAGACUGGAAAGGGACCCGAGAGAACUUGACUGCAGCGAAGCUGUAAGCUUCGCACCGGGCGGGCACGCACGUGCCGGACGCCCUUCUGUGCUGGGGCUGUCUCCAGGGGCAACACCUGACAAGACUCGUCGUCUCUGGUUCACGACCACGGGCGUGGGGUCCCGCACACACAAGUCUGAGUGAAGAGAAACCUCCACAGGCACCAGCGCCCAGUUCGGGCCUCAGCCUUCCCGCCCAAACUGCAGUCCCUUCCUCAGCCCUUCUAGGCCCUCACGCGGCACCGACUCUGGACUCCCUCUGGUCUCCUCGGCGCUCUCGGGUGGGCGCUUCCGGUUCUCUCCGGCUCACCCCAGCCUCGGGCGCCUUCCGUUUUCCUCCUUGCCCCGCCCCUGGCAGGCUUCCGCUUCCCGUUACUCUCCUCCCUUGCGCGGGUUUCCGAUUACUUGCUAGGCUUGGGCUCAAGUUCACGCAAAGACCCCUCGCUCCCACGAAACCGUCACGGCUCUUCCGUGUCUGGAGGACCGCAGGCCGCCAUCCGCCGAGGACGAUCUGAGCACCCCGGACCUCCAGGCGUCUCAGGGGUGUGGCGCGGGCUUCGCGACGGUUGUGCUCCCGGCUGCGCUCGGGAACCAGGACAUUUGCUUUCUGACAUUGGAGUACGUUUCCCACAGGCCCCAGGGCCACGAAUGGGCUUCGACCUUGGUUCCACUUGCGGUGUCUUCGUGGUUCUCGGAUCCUGCCUCCUGUCAAGAGUCUCAAGAGUCCCUCCGUGGUCCUGUAGUUCUUGCAAGAGAAGCCUCCUGAAGUGGAGGAGAGUGUUGCUACUUAACAGCGCAUUCAAGUGUCUCCCAGCUGUUAAGCUGCAGAAAUCAUGAUGGAUGCCACUACUGCUUUCAACAAUGCCCUGAAGCAUAUAUUGCUUCACAGACUAACGUAAUCAGUUUUGACAGGGAGCAUGUCAACGGAGCUCCUCCGGCUGGCAUGGCAGAAGUGGAAUUCCCUGACCAAUUCUUCACAGUUCUAAGCAUGGACCAUGAAUUGGUGACGUUCAGGGAUGUGGUCAUCAGCUUCUCUCAAGAGGAAUGGGAGUGCCUGGAUUCAGCUCAGAGGAACUUAUAUUGGGAUGUGAUGAUGGAGAACUAUAGCAACUUGGUUUCACUGGAUCUGGAGUCCAAGUAUGACACAAAGUGUUUAUUUAAUGGAAAGGACAUUAUUGACAGUCCUCAGUGCAAAGAAAUAGAAAGUAAAUUUGUUGGUCUUGAGAACUCCACUUUCAGAAAUAACUGGCAAAGCCAAAGCAAGACUGAAGUACAAAGACUUGAAGUGGGAUAUUUCAGCCAGAUGAAAAUCAUCUCUGAAAAAGUGCUAAAUUAUAAACACCAUAAAUCUCUUAUAUCACAUCAGAGAAUUCAUGAGAGCAAGAAACCCUAUGAAUAUAAAGAAUAUGGAAACAUCCUUAGCUGUGACUUAAGUUUUGAUGAAUGUGAGAGAAUACAUACUAGUGAGAAAACAUAUCAAUGUAAUGCAUACUGGAAAACCUUUGGGGAUGACCCACAUACCCUACAACUGAACAUUCAUACUGGUGAAAAACCUUCUAAAUAUAUGGAAUACCGGGAUCCAUUUAGUUUUUAUGAAGACUUUAGUAUACACCAGAAAAUGCCUGAUGAUCAGAAGUGCUAUAAAUGUAAGGAAUAUAAAAGAACCAUUAGAAGAGUUGAAGAAAUAACUCCACUAAAAAUAAUUCAUGAUGGUGAGAAACCCUAUGAAUGCACUUUCUGUGGGAAAUCCUUUAGAGUGCAUGCACAACUUACUCGACACCAGAAAAUCCAUACUGAUGAGAAACCUUACAAAUGUAUGGAAUGUGGCAAGGACUUUAGAUUCCAUUCACAAUUAACUGAGCAUCAGAGAAUCCAUACUGGUGAGAAACCGUACAAAUGUAUACAAUGUAAGAAGGUCUUCAGAAUUAGCUCACAGCUUACUGAACAUCAGCGAAUUCAUACAGGUGAAAAACCUUACGCAUGUAAAGAAUGUGGCAAAACCUUUGGCGUAUGUAGGGAACUGGCUCGGCAUCAGAGAAUUCACACUGGGAAGAAACCCUAUGAAUGCAAGGCCUGUGGGAAAGUCUUUAGGAACAGUUCGUCUCUGACUAGACAUCAGAGAAUUCAUACUGGUGAGAAACCCUAUGAAUGUAAGGAAUGUGGAAAAGCUUUUGGAGUAGGUAGUGAACUUACUCGACAUCAGAGAAUUCACAGUGGUCAGAAACCUUAUGAAUGUAAAGAGUGUGGAAAGUUCUUUAGACUCACAUCAGCACUUAUUCAACAUCAGAGGAUUCACAGUGGUGAGAAACCUUAUGAAUGUAAGGUAUGUGGGAAGGCUUUUCGUCAUAGUUCAGCCCUUACUGAACAUCAGAGAAUUCAUACUGGAGAGAAACCUUAUGAAUGCAAGGCAUGUGGGAAGGCCUUUCGACAUAGUUCAUCCUUUACAAAACAUCAGAGAAUUCAUACUGGUAAGAAACCCUACGAAUGUGAGGACUGUGGGAGUGCCUUUAGCCCUGAGGCAGAUCUCCUUCAGCAUGAUCAAAUUCAUACUAGAAAGAAACCUCAUGAAUGUAAUGAAUGUGGGAAAACCUUCAGCCUAAAGCAAAACCUCGUAGAGCAUAAGAAAAUGCAUACUGAAAAAUCACAUGAAUGUACUGAAUGUGGUAAAGUAUUCUCUCGAGUCUCCUCCCUUACUCUACAUUUGAGAAGUCAUACAGGAAAGAAACCAUAUAAAUGUAAUAAAUGUGGGAAAGCCUUCAGUCAGAAGAGAAACUUUCUUUCUCAUCAGAAUCAUCAUACCGGGGAGAAACUCUGUGAAUGUGGGAAAGCUUCUAUUCAGAUGUCAAGUCUCAUUAAACACCAGAGAAAUCAUACUGGAAACAAACCCUAUGCAUGUAAGGAAUGUGGAAAAGCCUUCAAUGGCAAAUCAUAUCUCACUGAGCAUGAGAAAAUCCAUACAGGAGAGAAACCAUUUGAAUGUAAUCAGUGUGGAAGAGCCUUCAGCCAGAAGCAAUACCUCAUUAAACAUCAGAAUAUCCACAGUGGAAAGAAACCCUUUAAAUGUAAUGAAUGUGGAAAAGCCUUUAGCCAGAAAGAAAACCUAAUUAUCCAUCAAAGAAUACAUACUGGAGAGAAACCUUAUGAAUGCAAAGGGUGUGGGAAAGCUUUCAUUCAGAAGUCAAGCCUCAUUAGACACCAGAGAAGUCAUACAGGAGAGAAACCCUAUAUAUGUAAAGAAUGUGGGAAAGCUUUCAGUGGCAAAUCAAAUCUCACUGAGCAUGAGAAAAUUCAUAUUGGAGAGAAACCCUAUAAAUGUAAUGAAUGUGGAACAAUCUUUAGGCAGAAGCAAUACCUCAUUAAGCAUCACAAUAUUCAUACAGGAGAGAAACCCUAUGAAUGUAAUAAAUGUGGAAAAGCCUUCUCUCGAAUCACAUCACUUAUUGUACAUGUGAGAAUUCAUACAGGGGAUAAACCUUAUGAAUGUAAAAUAUGUGGGAAAGCCUUCUGUCAAAGCUCCUCUCUUACUGUUCAUAUGAGGAGCCAUACAGGUGAGAAGCCCUAUGGUUGUAAUGAAUGUGGGAAAGCCUUCUCUCAGUUCUCAACUCUUGCUCUACAUAUGAGAAUCCAUACUGGAGAAAAACCUUAUCAGUGUAGUGAAUGUGGAAAAGCUUUUAGCCAGAAGUCCCACCAUAUUAGACACCAGAGAAUUCAUACUCACUAAAGCUUGAUGAACGCCUUGAAUUUAGGAAAAGCUUCAGCUAAACUCAUACUUAAUGGCAUACCAGAAAUUCCUUUCAUAACAAAAUGACUUGAAUGUGAGAAAUACUUCAACAACAAAUCAAAACUUAAAUACUAACAAUUUUAAUAAGCAUCAUAGUUUAAAAACCUAUACUCCCAGAACUCCCACAUUGUUAAUGAUGUACUUUUAGGAACAAUCUCAUUGAAGUAAGGAUCCAGUCAUGGACAUUAAGCAACAUGGUUCUGGAAGGCCUACCUAUCUUAAAACAAAGAUAUGAGAGGUAUUAAGAGACAAAAAUGUCAUUUUUAAAAUGCUUUGCUACAUAUGUAAUGAAAAUUACUUGUUCUUGAUGCAUUCAUAGAAAUCAAAGAUUGAAACAGAAUAUUGUAUUCAGAAACAUGCAUGCCUUUAUGGGGAAUUGGUAAUUGAUAGAGCUGGUAUCACAAGUUGGUUGGGAAAUCAUGGAUGAUUCAAAAAAUGGUCUCAGGGUAACUGACUCUUCAUGUGGAAAAAUAUAUUAGAUUUCUGCCACAGUGAAACAUUAAAGUAUUUAUUAUGAAAUCCAAAAGUUUUAUAAAGACUAGAAUGCAAAAAACAAAGCUUGGUAACACAAGAAUUUUAUAGGAGAAUGUUUUCAAAACCUUGCAGUAGGAAAGAAUUUCUAAAAUAGAUUCCAGAAAACAUACUCUUGAGUAUACGUGCAUAUACCCAAGAAACAUACAUGUACUUAGGGAGUCGUGUAUCUGUAUGUUCAUUGCAGCAUGAAUUACAUUAGCCAAAAAAUUGGAAACAAAUGUGUGUUGCUUGUGACGUGGAUAAAUACAAUGUGAUAAUAGGCACACAGUAGAAUAUUCUCUAGUAGUUAAGUAUAACCGAUUAUAUAUAUAAAUAUAUUGACAGGAAGACCUGAAAAAUCAUGUAGAGUGAAAAAACUGAAGGGAUGAAUACAUUAUAAUUGUUAACUCUGAAUUUGAAUUAAAUCAACACUAGUAUUAAGCAUUAGUUAUGGAUGAACAUUUUUAUGUAAAACUGAAGAAUGGAUUGGAAGGAUAUACACUCAUUUCCCAAAAGUGGUUGCCUUUAGAAAGAAAGAAGGUGGAAGAGAAAUGGGACCAAGCAUGGUAAUUAAAGGAUGUUUCAGUUUUGUAUCUAAAUACUAUCAUUUAAAAAAGAUUCCAACUAAAUAUAACAAAAUGUGAGUUAACUCUAGGUUCUGAUAAUAUGUGUUCUAUUGUUUGUGGUAUUUCUAAAAAUUAAAAAAAAGAUAGGAGUAGGAAAGCUGUACAUGGAGAACAUGUAAUAAUGGACUCACAAUCCCAGGCAGGUGCUAAUAUUUUAUGAAAUGUAUUGCUAAAAUCUUAUCUUUACUAUAAGUCAUUUUUGAAAAUUGGAUGGUAGCUUAAAUUAUUUAAAUGUACUCCUGCAUGUCACAUCACUAAUGUGUGUGGUCUCAACUCAGAAAUUAAAGCAGGAUUCUGCAACAAGUUAGGUGGUUUAUAUACAUGUAAGACUCACAUCAUUUAGUAAUACAUGCAGAGACUUGAUAUUAAGACUAAUUUUUACUGAAACAUUUAUCAGAAAUUUUAAGAGUCCACGUAACCAGUACUGAAGUUAACAAUUUGAUAUUUUUAAAAUGAAGAAACCAAGUUACUCUUAAAUUUUUAGGUUUGCCACAGAGUAAAACUUCAACUCUUGUAUUUCACUUUCAGUUUUAACCUCAAGACUUUUUUCCCCCUAUUCUGCCAACUAUAACCAAUCGAUCCUGUUUGUUUGUUUCUUAGUGAAAAUGGUGCUAAAAAAGAAGAUCUGAGACCUAAACAAUAUUCUUUUAUGUGAAGCAAAUCUUUGCCAAUUUUUGCUUACUUGAUCCCUCUCUGCAACAACUUGACCCCUUUCCACAAGAACUUGACAUAACAGAGUUGUUAGUGCUCUUUUUGAACAGUGAUAAAAAUGAGUGUGCAGCAUUUAAACUUUAGACAUAUUUCAAAUAUAUCAAUUUCAUUUAAAUACAAAAUAAUGAAAUGCUAAUAAACCAUAGUACUACACCACUUAUUAGCAGUUUUGAAGAUUGGUCUUGAGAUAAGAUUAUAAAUUCCAGGGGUUGUUUAUAUAUGUUUAUCUACAUAAGUCUAAAUUAUCCUCUAUUUUCUUCCAUUUGAGCAUUCCCCUUGUAUUUCUUAAGUGUUUCACUCUUCAGUUUGUGCAGCUUUGAAGUCACCAGAGCAACUAAGAACUCUUAAUUCAGACCAAACUAGGAGGAUUACCAAGGCACAACGAUUAGGAUAGUCAGAGUAAGAAGAGUAACACCUGUGAUACUGUACUGUAAAUUUACUCUGACAUUCCCUACUGAUACAACUUGUUGCUAGUUAUUUGCCACCACAAACACUGCAGUAAAAAAAUUUUUUUAACAUUCUUAAAAUCAGACCUUAAAUUUCAGAUGUUUUUAUUUCUGGGGGAUCGAUUACAGGCAAAAGAUUGUUAGAUCAAAGAACAUACACUAUUUUUUAGUUUUAAUAGAUACUAUUGGUCAUUUUCAGAAACACAACUUUCCUCUAACCCUGCAAUAGAUGGUAAUAUACUACUUAAAUUUCUAUUUGGUGAGUAUACACUUUGCUCCUAGAUUUUCUUCUUUGUACAUUUUUGUAUUGUUGGCUCAUUUUCCUAUAGGAUUAUUUAUCUGUCAGUUUUGAAGACCUCUUUAUAUAUUAGACAUUAGGAAUUUGCCCAAUUUUUGUCAUAAAAAUAUUUUUUCCAUAAAAUGAUCUUAAAUUUCUGUGUAACCUGAUAUAUAUUUUUUCUAAGCUUAUGGGUUGGUUAAAAAGAUACGUUAAUCUUUAGAUUGUAUAGGUAAUUUUUCUUAGGUUUUCUUGCAAGUUCUUUACUUUUUUCAAUAUGUAAAUAUUUAAUCUAUCCAGAAUUUAUUUUUUAAUGUCUUAUAAAAUGAGGGUUCAUUGUUAUUUUCUUCCAGAUGGGUUUCUAGUUACACAAGCACAAUUUGUUAAAAUAACCCAUCUACUCAGCAUCGAGUCACACAGUUCCGACACCAAUCUGCAGUGUCCACCAGCAGCAAUCACAGAUUUGAACUGGCAAUCAAAAAAAGAAUAGGCUUUAACCCCGCAUUGGGUUUAUUACUGGCUUUGUCCUGACCACAACAAAAGAAAAAAACACCUUUAUAAUACUGCAACUACCCAACCAAACGUACCUUCCAGGACCUAUGUACCGCUGAGGGGAGAAAAGGUCAGAAUGGGUGCAGUUCACCUAAGCCCUGGGAACAUUAACGUUCUCACCCAGAACAUCUUCCUGUAACCCACCGCUGCAUCUCUAUGGUGUGCCCAUGGGGCAUACCCAAUUGUAAGACAGAAACCCACUUUAAGCACAGGGAGGCGGCUACCUUGGUUUCCCGAGACUGAUGACACCUUAGGUCAAAUAGGCCGUCAUGUCUACGUGCCAAUUCACAGCCCCCCCUCAUCUAGGUACAGGAUACAAAUGAGGAAUCUACAGUAGUAGUUUCUUCAAGGAAACUGGUAUGAAGGCAAAUCUAAGUCCCCUUUCUAGACAUGCGUCAGUAGGAAAGGCCUGUUGUUCUUACCAAUACCAUCCUUUUCUUAUUUAGCUGACUCGGCUAUGUAGUCAUUUGGCCACAUGAUUUUUUCCUCAUUCAAUUGAAACUGCCUGUAUUUUAACUUAUACCAAGACCUAUUUCUGUAUUGUUUCACUAAUCUAUUUUUCUACUUCUAUACUAAUACCAUAUUAACUGAUAAACUGAUUUAACAUUAGCCUUAUUGUAUUUUGAUACUAUGUAUUAGACCAAGUCCUCACUGUUUCUCAUAGUUUUAUUGGCUGUUCUAAUUUUCUUUCUAUAUAAAUGAAGAUUGUGUUCUCAAAAUACAAAAACCCUUUGAUAGUUGGAGUUAUAUUGCGUUUAUAUAUUUAUUUUGGGAGAAAUGACAUUUUUUAUUUUAAGUCUUAAUGACCCAAAUUGUAGUGUGCCUUUGCAUUUCUUCAAACUAUGAUCAUGUCCUACAGCAUGAGGGUUCUGAACAAAGUAAUCUGAAUAACAUCCCUGCUUAAUAUUAUAUUAGAAAAAGUUUGUUAGUAGGGUGACUAAGAAAAAUCCCUAUUAUGGACUAAAUGUUUGUAGCCCCUCAGAAUUCAUAUGUUGAAGCCCUGAUUUCUAGUGUGAUGUUUAGAGAUGGGGCUGUAAGGAAGUAAUUAAGUUUAGAUUAGGUCAUGAAGAUGGGACACUCAUAAUGGGAACAGUAUCCUUAAAAGAAGUAGAAGAGAGAUUAUAAGAACAGGAAGAGAUUUCCCAUGUGUAUACACAAAAAGUCACGUGAGUGCAGCGCAGUGAGAAAGAAGCUGUCUACAUACUAGGAAUUGGACCUUCACAGGAUUUGCCAGUACUUUGACCUUGGGAUUUCCCAGCCUCUACAAUUGUAAGAAAUAAAUGUCUUUUUAAACCA